AUGGAAAGUGACCAGUUUGCUUACCAGCGACAUCACACUCUGUUUUACCCCUUUCAAGACCAAGCAGAAUUUGAACUAGGAAAAUUCCUCUGUGAACGCUUCACACAAAGUGAUAUUGACCGAUUUCUCAAGCUUGAAUGGGUACGCCAAGCUAAACCAUCGUUCGGUUCCAAAGACCAGUUACUUGCAUGGAUGGCUUCUCUUCCCACUGGACCAAAAUGGCAUUCAACAACGCUCGAAAUCACAGGAUACCCAACCAUUCAACCUAUACAACUCAUCUGGCGCAAUGGCCUAGAUGUGGUAGAAGAUCUCUUUGCUAACCCCAUUUUCGCAAAUCAUAUGACAUAUGACCCACACAUUGUGGUUGAAGGAGAUGAGCAUGAGUAUAGUGAAUAUUUUACAGCGAAACAAGCAUUCGAGAUUCAGGACCAGCUUCCCAUAGGUGCCACCAUAGUUCCGAUAAUCAUUGCGUCUGACAAGAUGCCUGUGACACGGCACACUGGAGGGCUCGAAAUGCACCCUAUCUUUGUCUCGCUCGCCAACAUCCAGUCUGAUGUACGGAUGAGAGCAACAAGCCACGCUUGGCGAUGUGUUGGCUUCAUGCCAAUUCCAAAAUUUUCUGAUGUCCAUAGUGACUAUCAAACUAUUCUGAGUCAACGGUUAUUCCACAAGUGCAUGGAUAUCAUCUUCGCAGAUGCUAAGGUUGCGGCCAUGGUGGGCAAAUUUAUGCCUGAUCCAUCUGGCCAUGUACGACAUUGCUUCACACCUUUGGAGCACACCCUUUCAGUGAUAUACGACAUCUGUCAAUGCAUUGAUCCGUGGAGGUUGCGAGAAUUUCAGGAGGAAGCCAAGGCUCACUCGCUAAGUGAUGUUCACCAACCAUUUUGGCGGAAUUGGCAGUUCGCAGAUCCCACUCGCUUCUUAGCAGGGGAAAUUCUCCAUACCUGCCAUAAAUUCUUCUUUGAUCACCCAUUUAAGUGGUCGAAAGAGCUGCGAGUAGGAACACGCCAUUUUUCAUCUGGAGUAUGUCAGAUGAAACAAAUGACUGGCCGGGAACACCAGGACUUGCAACGCACCUUGUUCAUUCACGCAAUUCGCACUUUGAUCGACUUUAUCUAUAAGGCCCAAAGCCCUUUCCAUGAUCAUAAGCAAGCAAUUUUAGAUGCAGGAGCUAGACGAGGCACCAAAGGAACGAUCAACAACUUCCUUAUCCCAAAACUCGAGCUUUUGCAGAGUUUUGCUGCAUUCACCCAGGAUAUAGGCGCCCUCAUCCAAUGGACUGCAGAUGUCACCGAACGUCUUCUCAUCACUCAUUGCAAGCUUCCUUUUGACAGGACAUCUCAGCAGAUUGUCGAUAUACUCAACCGCGAGGAAUCAAUGUGGCGAUUUCAGUUGUACCUCUUCCUGCGAAUGCACAACACUCCCCUCACCAAUGCCAUAGUCACAGAAGAACAAGAAAUCACUGAAACCGACCCUGCUCUUGCAUGGAUUGCCCGCAUUGCACCUGGUGAUCCAAAUCAACGGUGUUUUGUCGGACCUUGUCCGGUUCGGAACCAUUUUCUGAAGGGUAUACUGUCUUCCACUGCGACAACUGCCUUCCACAUUACCGUUGCUCCUGAUCGAGCCAAAAUGUCCAUCAAUGAAGUUCAGCAGCUCUACAUGUUACCAGAUUUUGGACGAGCGCUCUCUGAUUACAUCGCAAAGGCUUCUAAUGGCCAACCCACAGCAUCAUGGAGCUGUGAUCAUGGUCGUGUCAAGACGUGGAACAAAUUUCGACUACAGUUACAUUCCAUUUUUUGCUCGUGGCUGAUUAUGCCCAGUCAAGUCGUUCAAGCUGCUCCGCCAUCACAAACAUUUCCUCUGGGAAAUUGUGAUGCAGUUAUUGUGCAGUCAAUACACAGCGACCAGACGAAUAUUGUCGUGCAAGUGCGGGCUAUCUUCCAGCCCAUUCCGCCUCGCCACAUCACACUUCCUCAUUACCUCGCAGAUCAACCACUCAUUUAUGUUCAAUAUUAUGAGAUUGUUGGUCAUCCACACGAUGAUCCUGCCAUCAGCAUGUCUACGGUGGCUCGACAAUAUCACUAUGGGUUUGAUGGUCAGAGGGUGAGAUUGGGCGCAGUCAUCCCUCUCACAGAUGUCACACAUGCGGUAGAGCUUAUCCCUGUGUAUGGCGCAGGAGCUGAUCGUAGUGUGAGUGCAGCAAUGAGUAUGGAGGUGUACGAACACUUUUACCUGAACAAUUUCUCGGACAAGGAGAUAUAUCAUGCAUUGCGCUCAGAUUUGCACUAG